GUUGUGCUCUUCGCAGUCCCGGGUGCCUACACUGGAGUCUGCCAUCAGGCGCAUGUUCCCUCCUUCUCCAAGAACGUGGCUGCCUUCAAGUCCAAGAACGUCGACAAGAUUGUCUGCGUCUCCACCAACGACCCCUACGUUCUCAACGGAUGGGCUAAAGCUCUCGGGGACAAGGCCACCGGCAUCGAGUUCUACUCCGACUGUGACCUCGAGUUCACCAAGUUCAUGCACUCUGAGCUCGACCUCUCCGUCGCUGCCCUUGGUGUCGGAUCGAGGACGAACAGGUAUGCUCUGUUCGUGGACAAUGGAGUCAUCAAGUCACUCAAGAAGGAGGCCUCGCCGGGAGAUCUCAAGGUUUCGGACGGAGAUAGCCUCCUCAAGGAUUUGUAA